CCGAUGUGUACAAAAAAAAAAAGAACCACUUAGUUCCUGGAAUGGAAUAUGCUCAACUUUACAUUCUUCAAAAAGACACUUACCAUUUUCAAUCAAAAAAUAUAAGAAACAAUGCCAUUUACUCCUGCCAGCAGCAUCAGGUACACUUUGCAAACGACAAUCAAAAGCAGAUCUAUGUGUUCCACCAUGAGGUAUCCGCAUUUCAUAAAUGACCUGAAUGUAUAAGAAAAAGUGAACCAAGCGUAACAACAUAAAUGAAGAAUUUCAAUUCAAUUCCAUUG